AUGGAAGGCUCCGAAAUUCACAAAAGCAUUCCUGAGUUCCAUAACGACAAUGGGUUCUUCCAAAAUCCCGGAAAAUUUCUUGAUUUUAGUCGUAAAAAUGACAUGAUGUCGCGAAGCUCUUUCUUCAAUUCGAUGGCAUUCUCUUUGCUCAAUGGCGCUGAGAAGGUGUUAAUGGCUCGAAAAUCGCUAAAAAUGUCUACUAGCUUCAACGGCAUCAAGCAGCAGUUGUCUCCUCUCGAGAACGAAGAGGACAUGAACCUGAAUUCAGAGCCUCACGAGGUUUAUAGUGUGCAAGAAAAUGAGAAUGUAUGUGGAAAUUCCAAAUACCCUCGGCAAUUUGACGAUACAACAGAUGACAAUGAUGGGUACAUUGAUGUGCCAAAAGUGGUGAAUUGUCCUUCAGGAGGCUAUAAUGAUUUUCCUUUGAAUUUUCUAGCUUUCUUGGCAUUGCUAGUGCUGAAAUCAGUUGGGUUUCAAAUUAGUCUACUUGUGAGGUUUUUCACACUACCCAUUUGGUUAUCAUACAUUUUCUUCAUGUUCUUCAUGUUUCCAUUCCAAACUGUAAUGCAAUUCAAAGAGCAUUUGAUGAAGAAGCUGUUGGGAAUGUUGGGUGAUUUUUAUGCUGCUGUCACUUCAUUUAUAUGUGACCGGUUCAUCCCAGAAAAGUCGAUAGUGAAUCUGGGAAGAAGGUUUGGUUUGGCCUUUUUCUGGUCAAUCUAUGUCUGCUUCAUGCUACUCGGAUUGCUUGUGUCCGGGUUUGUAAUAGGCGGUCUUAAUAUGAGACUCCUAGUGGAGGAGCCGAUACAGACUACGAAGACCCUGAAUUUUGAUUACACCAAAGCCAGUCCAGUUGCUUUUGUGCCCAUAACAUCUUCUCCCGGUGUUGAUGUCCCCUCUGCCCUCUUCUCCGCAGACAGCAUAGAAGCUGCACAACGUGCCGGUGCACGUUUUAUUCCUUAUAAUCACAAGCUGCAGCUCACUAUUACAUUAACAUUGCCUGAAUCCGAGUACAACAGAAAACUAGGCGUAUUCCAGGUUAGGGUGGAGUUCUUGUCUGCAAAUGGUAAAGUCAUUGCCACUUCAAGUUAUCCGUGUAUGCUACGAUUCAAAAGCCAACCUAUCCGUUAUGUCGAGACCAUAUUCAAGAGUGUUCCUCUUAUUGCUGGUUUUCAAUCAGAAUCCCAAAUUCUUAAUACCAAUGUCCGCGAUUUUACAGAACGGUAUGAGCCAACUGCCUGCUUCAAGGUGAUACUAGAACAGCGAGCAGAAUACCAACGCGGUGCUGGUAUACCGGAGAUUUAUGAUGCAUCACUUGCUCUUGAAUCUGAGCUGCCUCAAAUGAAACGGAUUAUAUGGCAUUGGAGAAGAACGAUUUUCGUAUGGAUCAGUAUCAUGUCAUUCUUGACAGAGUUGGUGUUUGUUCUAAUCUUCUUUCGCCCUCUGAUAAUUCCGCGAGGAAGGCCAGAGACUGCGAGUGCUAAGAAGGAUUAUCAUCGAAACAAAAUCUCCUGGUAUAAAAGCUGGUGA